GGAUAUAUACGAGACUGUCUCGAGCCAGUUCAAGGAGAGAAAAGAGGAAAGAGAGGCACGCGGGAGUCCACGACCCGAUUCCACAUUUUGACGUGUUCAUUUUUGUUGGAUUUUUAUCCCAACUCAACUGAUUCGAGCAAGACUGCCGAAAAAAGAAGAGAAAAUGAAAUACAUUAUAGGAAUUGGCGGAGUGACUAAUGGUGGUAAAACCACUCUGACCAAUAGACUGAUCAAGACUUUACCCAACUGCUGUGUGGUACACCAGGAUGAUUUUUUCAAGAAACCCGAUCACAUACAGUUUGGGGAGGACGGCUUUAGACAAUGGGAUGUGAUCACAGCUCUGGAUAUGGAGGCCAUGACCAACACCGUCAAAGGCUGGAUGGAGAAUCCCGUCAAGUUCGCCCGCUCCCACGGCGUCCCCCUGGCGCCGGUCCCAGACGUGGCCGACCCGGACAAUCACAUCCACAUCCUGAUUAGGGCGGUAUUAGUUCUGAGGCAUCACGUGCUGAUGCUACCGGUGUUCCACUGGCUCUUGUGUCUGGAGCCUGAGAGCAGCCCCCCCUGCAGCCCUGUGCGCAUAGAUAAGGGCUUCAGCAGAAAGAGGCUCUCAGUGGAGCGGCGAGCGCUGUACGGCUUUGUUGACCGCCUCUGGCUUCUGCCCUGCAGGCCCAUGCUGGACGUCUUCGACAAGUGCUAUUACAUCACAGUUCCAUACGAAGAGUGCAAGAGAAGGAGAAGUACCAGGCAGUACACGGUCCCUGACCCUCCAGGCCUGUUCGAUGGCCAUGUGUGGCCCAUGUACCUGAAGCAUAGAAAGGAGAUGGAGGACAGCGGCCUGAACUAUGAAUACCUCGAUGGUUUGAAAUCUAAAGAGGAGAUCUACAACCAGGUGUAUGAGGACAUUCAGAACAACUUGCUUAAUCGUUUAUAGCAGGAAGAGUCCUCUCCACUUCUGUACAGACUUUGUAAAUAGCCUCAAUGCAUCUUUUUAAAGAUGCAUCUUUUUUUGUAAUUUUAUUUUUGUAAAUUGAAGGAAGCAAUGUUAACUUAUCAUUGUCUUUUUAUUUUGUUGAACAAACAAGAUGUGUUUUUCCCCCUUUUGACAAAUGAUUGUAGAGCUAACCAUAAGGAAGUUACUGUUGUGAAACCAUUGACUUGCUCUGGAACAUUUGUCCAUAAAUCCCAUUCUCCUGCAAAUAAAUGCAUUAGCUGCUGCAGACAUGCAGCUUUUCAAACCUCCCUGUGCCUUCUCUGUCUCCUGCAUUUAAAAUAAUACCAUAAAGGAGGGAACUCACACCUCUACAUCAAAAAGAA